CGCACUGAAUAUAACUAUCAAAACUUGCAUUACUACAAGCACAUAGAUUUACGAUCAAAAGCACGUUAUUGGAAAUUUGAACAACGUCUUAUCAAUCUAUCAGAAGGGAAGUGCGUCACUUGGUCACUCCACUUCAAGCGUGUCGCGAUUUGUCCCGGAAUUGUAAGUUCCUCACUACUGCGAGACAGGUUCAUCAUGGCAGAUACUCUGGCAGGUCCUAGCCAUUUCCAGGUUCUUCCCAGGGCGUCUCUCAAACACUCUGGAAGGCAAUAUCACAAGCGGAUCCCAGCCCUUAAAAUUCCCAAGGGCAGAGCGCUCUCAGGGAAGACCGAUGAGCAAGUACUAUUUCAGAGCGGCGCAGCAUCUUGCAGAGGCGCUCACGCCAGAAAUAGGGCUAUGUUGUCCUGUGCUGCAGCGUCAGCCGAGCCAGCAGCAUCUUCAACUCUCUCUGAACUUGACCUUGUGCCCGUUCUGAACCUCCAGGGAAUGAUAGAGCCAGAGGUGCCUGCGGGUACCGCUGCCUCCGUGUUUGCCAUUUUUGACGAAGGCAAAAAGCUGCAAUUUGUGGGGUUCUCAAAGGACCUGCGGAAUUCUCUGCGCACAGUCUUCAGUCGCAGGCCUGACAAGGCCUUCUUCUACAAGGCGGUGAAUCUGCCCCAGCUGGACCAAAACGAGAUGGUUGCAAUCAGGACAGCCUGGUUUGAGGAAGUUGGUGGGGCGCCCACCGGCAACAAAUUGGCUAUGGAGCGGAAAGCUUGGUCGGAGCCGGUGGCUGCUGGCGCAAUCAGUGAGAGAGGGAGACUCGAGGCAGCGAAGAGCCAGGCCCUAGAGCUGCUGGUGAUGAUCAAGUCCCGAGGGUGCAAAGAAGAGUUUGUGGCCAAGCCAGAUCUCCUUCUGGAGGGCAAGGUGGACUUUGAGCCGGCGGCAGCGCUGACAGAAGAGGAGCUGGCACAGCGUAGGGAACAGGCUGCGCAGCUGUCCAAGGCCACGCGCACUGUCGCCUUCACGCUCGACGACGAGCCUUCACAGUUUGAGCUGCGCAUUCGCAACAAUUACAAGACGAACGGCGGCCGCAUGUUUGACGUGAACGUCACAUUCGAGGACCGGGAGACGACGCACCGAGUGAUUGUUGGGAAGGAGUACUACGAGGACUUUGACCUGGACCCCGAGGAGGUCCUGGUCAUGACCUUUCAGUUCCUGCUCAAGAAGAAGACCCCUCGCCAGACAGAAGGCAUGCUGCUGAGCAGCCAGUUCAAUAUCAACUACUUUGCCAUCUCUGAGGUGGACCAGUGGUGGAGCGAUUUUGUGAACGAGUGGACCAAUAUUGGGAAGACGCUACAGGGAGAUGGCAAGUUCUGGCGCAUGAACAGGUGCGAGACUGACCUGGCAGUUGCAUGGCUACGGCGGCAUGGCAAAUGA